AUGGAGGUUAUCACUCUCAUUCAGGGCGACGAAUAUUCCGAGCUCACACCCCUCUUCCUCGUUCAUGCCAUAUCCGGGGUGGCACUCCCAUUUUUGCGACUCGAGUCUCUCAGCGAUGAUGACGACCGGCCGGUGUAUGGAAUCACCAGCCCAAUGCACUGCUCUGGCGGCGAACACUUCAAGUACCCGCCUAGCCUCAAGUCCCUCGCCAAGUUUUACCUCCAAGGCAUCAGACAUGUUCAGCCGGAAGGCCCAUACUUGUUGGGAGGAUGGUCGAUGGGCGGCAUGAUUGCCAUGUUCAUGGCUCAGAUGCUUGAGGCUGCUGGCGAGGAGGUUUACAAGGUCAUCAUGAUUGACUCUGCCAAUCCUGAGGUGUUUCCCAACUUCACCAGCUCGGACGAGCAUUGCGAGUUCGCGAAGGCGACGUUCGACCGCACCGUAUCUGCAGGUGGCUUGCAGAUGGACAUGGGGGCCGAACCAGAAUACCCUGCCCCCUCACCCGUGUUUGACCACGACGAGUUUGAGGAUUACAUCACCGCCCGCGGUCGUCGCUCCAGCACUUGGCGGAGUGCCGCCAGCUCCAACACCUCCAUCAGCUCAAGUGCUUCGAGCAUCUUUGACCACUCCUCCCCGCUCAUGUCACCCAGCUCGCCUCUUACACCCGACUGCCUGACCGACGAGUCCGACUGCGACUCGGACUGCGACUCUGAUUUCGGAGACAAGUGCGAGUCGCUGGAAGUCGGCGACUUUUUGCGACAGAUCAAGCUGCAUAUCCACCGUGGGCUGGACCUCAUCGCUGGUGUGCAGCCUGGGGAACUCUUUGUUCCCGGCGAAAAGUCCGACUUUGACGUCGUUUUGAUCAAGUGCACGAACGAGCCCGUGGAAGUUGAUCGCAAAUACGCCGGCCACGAGGGGGCCAAGUUCAUCCAGAAGGUCAUGCGCGAGAGGGCGAUGCGGUGGGAUCCCGCACAGUUUAGGAGCUUCCAGUCGAUCCCGUUCAGCGGCGAUCAUGAUGGUGCCUUUCAGCCAGAGUUUGUUGGAGAGCUUAGUUCCAUUCUGAGGGAGUGCAUCGAGGACUUGGAGUGA